UUCCUGUGCUGUAACUUGGGGCAGGACUUCUGUCCAAGUCGAGGAAACCGUGGAACAGGGAGGACACACGUACCCAGGCUGGACCGUCGCUUAUCUCCAUCGCGAUUGAUUCGUUUAUGUCGGCAAUGAAAAUGAGCUUGUGCGUGCACGCCAUGUUAUACCUGGCUGUUCUGGUGGCGUUCGCCGCCUGCAACGCUCCCCCGGUCCCGUUAGACGACAUCCUCAUUGAGAAAACUUUCGUGCCGGAGCAGUGUGUGCGCGCAGUCAAGGUGGGCGACUACGUGAGGUACCACUACAACGGCGUUUUCCCAGAUGGCAAGAAGUUCGACUCCAGUUACGACCGUGGAAGCACCUACAACGUGUUUGUCGGCAAGAAGCAGCUGAUCGCAGGGAUGGACAAAGCUCUGGUGGGGAUGUGCAUCAACGAGAGACGACUGGUCAAGAUUCCACCUCAUCUCGCUUACGGAAAGCAGGGAUACGGUGUGUAUGUUUGAUUGUGUGUGUUAAUCUCCCUGA